UCGAUUCCUUGUUAAUACUGGCUUGCAGAAUAGCUAGGGUUUGCUCGAGAAAAGGAAAGAAGAGAGGAUCAAGAGAUUCUAAUUUAUUGACUGCCCCGGGAGCAAACCCGGUAGAGGAUCCGAGACCGAGAUCAUAGAAGAUUAAUUAGCAGCACAUCCAUCCCUAAUUCAUAUCACGUGCGCUCCAGUUCGCGAAUAUCACAAUUCAGAACCUUGCCGGCUUCUCAUUUGAUCUUCAAAAUUAUGCUCCUUACUUCCAUCUCGCGUCGUCUGCAACACUCUCCGAUCCAAAAUUUAUUCACUUUUCUAUCUCGCUCCUUCAGCUCCCACACUUUCUCUCGCCGAAAUUUGAACCAAGAUCAAGUCUUGGAACCAAAGUGUUCAUCUCCUGGCACGAAUCCAAUUCAAGAACCCUUAGCUGCCAUAAACUCAGUGGAUUUAGAUGAAAACACUGUCCUUGAAACCCUCUUCCUCUACACCAAUGACUGGCAACGCGCUUUCGAGUUCUUCAACUGGGUCCGUUCGGAUUCCGGUUUUCAACACAGAACAGAUGGGUACAAUCGAAUGAUCGACAUUCUCGGUAAGUUCUUCGAAUUCGACCUGGCAUGGGAUUUGAUUGAUCAGAUGAGAAGAAAUGAACAUUCUUUCCCCAAUCACACCACGUUUCGGGUACUUUUCAAACGCUAUGCAUCUGCCCAUUUAGUUCAAGAAGCGCUCAUGGCUUACGAUAAGUCGAAAGAGUUCAAUUUGAAAGACGAGAUCACCUUUUCUCAUCUGAUUGAUGCUCUAUGUGAAUACAAACAUGUUGUUGAAGCUGAAGAGAUUUGUUUAGGGAAGACGGCGAAUAAAGAAAUCGACAUAGAGGUUUAUCUCAAUACGAAAAUAUAUAACAUGAUCCUUCGUGGCUGGCUCAAAAUGAAAUGGUGGAGUAAAUGUUCUGGAUUUUGGGAAGAGAUGGACGAAAGAGGAGUUGAGAAAGAUCUAUUUUCAUAUUCUAUAUAUAUGGAUAUACAGUGUAAAUGUGGUAAGCCAUGGAAAGCUGUGAGAAUGUACAAGGAAAUGAAGAAGAAAGGAAUCAAAUUAGAUGUUGUGGCUUACAACACUGUAAUUCAUGCCAUUGGACAAUCAGAAGGAGUUGAUUUUGCGGUAAGGAUUUUCCAUGAGAUGGCUGAUUUUGGUUGUCAGCCAACUGUAGAGACUUUCAAUGCAGUCAUAAAGCUGCUAUGUCAAAACGGGAGGUUGAGAGAAGCACACAAGCUGUUUGCUGAAAUGUCUAAGAGAGGAUACACUCCAGAUGUGGUUACUUAUCAAUCCGUCUUUGCUUACCUUGAGAAACCGAGGCAGAUCAUCAAGCUUUUCGACGAAAUGAUCGCUAGAGGUGUGAGGCCGAGAUUGGAUACUUAUGUUAUGCUUAUGAGGAAAUUUGAAAGAUGGGGUUUUCUUAGGCCUGUUUUUGUUGUGUGGGAGAAAAUGGAACAGCACGGGUUGAGUCCUGAUAAUCAUGCAUACAAUGCUUUGAUUGAUGCUUUGCUGCAGAAGGGUUUGACCGACAUGGCUAAGAAGUACGAUGAAGAGAUGAUGGCGAAAGGGCUUUCCGCUAGGCCAAGGGUAGAGUUGGGGACGCAGUUGGAUAGCUUAAAAUCUAUCUCAACAUGAAUUUUUGUAAUGAAUUAUGAGUUUGAUAAUAGUUUUUCCAUGCCUUGUAUUAGUUACUUAUAUUAAGCAGCAAAUGAAAUAGAGUUUGAAACCAUAUAAACAAGCCUUGUCGUGGCGA